CCGAAUUAUUUCUGUUGGGCUCCUAAAAAUUUCUUUUAAUUUUUAAACAUAAAGGGUAUAGGCCCAUUCCUAUAAUUUAAUCCAGCCCAAUUGUCUUCAACAUACCCUAACCCUAACAGACUAACACAUUACACACUGUAUUCAUCUCAAUACUUCACUACUAUUGAAGUUCUCCUUCUGCCAUUCACGCCGCCUUCAGGCUUCAGCCCUUCAACUUCACUACUACAGUUUGCCCCAUGGAAUCCAUCAGAAGUGCUUAUAACUUCAGCUGAUUCUCGUAUCAGAAUUUUUGACGGAUCAGAUAUGAUCUAUAAGUUUAGAGGUCUUGCGAAGCCUGGUCCAGUUAUUGAAACAUUUUGUUCUGAUGAAUUGGUUUCAAGACAUGUCAAACUUGAUGGAGUCGUUACAUUGGUUGAUUGCAAGCACUCCUUGCAACAUUUAAAUAAGGUAAAACCCAGAUUUGUGUCGAAUGAGGCUGUCGAACAAGUGGCUUAUGCAGAUCGUAUUAUCUUGAACAAGAUAGACUUGGUAACUGAAUCUGAGCUCGAAGUGUUAACAAAGAGAAUCAAGCAUCAGGUUUCCGAAAUACAAGCAGCCAAAUUGCAGCUUCAUUUAGUUCGGACGAAAAGUAUGUGAUAAGUGCAAGUGAAGACUCUCAUUUUUAUAACCUCGUGAUAAGUAUGCAUCUUGAUGUAGACAAAAUAGAGCACAAGAACUGAGUUUGACAAAUAUUAAUCUUGUUGGAAUAUUUAUCCAAAUGUUUCCGACGUUUUCAACCAUGACAAAAUGUACAUUACAUUAACUUAUUGUUGAAAGUGGUUGUUGCCUACAUUCUAUCUUCAAUUGAUAG